AUGUCAAACACCACCUCCACCACCCCCUAUGUGGUAGAUGAUAUAUUCGGAGCCCUCCAAAUCUACAGCGACGGCUCUAUAGCCCGUACUAAGCCGCAAAACCUCAACGUGGGCGUCCAAGAAGAUGGCUCAGUGAUCUGGAAAGACGUUACUUUCGACCCAAUUCAUGGUCUCCAACUCCGUCUGUACAAGCCCUCUUCUGUUAUCACAAACACAAAGCUCCCAGUCUGCUACUACAUCCGUGGAGGUGGUUUCUGCAUCGGCUCUCGCACUUUUCCCCCUCGUCAAAAAUACUGUAUCAGUCUUGCAUCUGAGCUUCAAGCCAUCGUUGUCUCAAUUGAUUAUCGUCUGGCACCUGAGAAUCGCCUUCCAGCGGCAAUUGAUGAUGCAAUUGCAGGGGUUAAGUGGCUCCAAGUUCAGGCUCUUUCCGAUAAUACCGACACUUGGUUCACUGAUGUUGCCGAUUUCGACCGAGUUUUUAUCGUGGGAGACUCGUCUGGGGGCAACAUCGCUCAUCAUCUCGCGGUUGGACUCGGAGCCGGGUCGCCCGCUUUUGCUCCUGUUCGAGUGCGAGGUUAUGUGCUUUUGGGUCCCUACUUUGGCGGAAUUGAACGGGUGAAGUCAGAGUUGGAAGGACAGGAGGGGAAUUCGUGGAAUCUGGAUGUUUCUGAUAGAUGUUGGAAGCUAUCAUUACCGGUUGGAGAGACAAGAGAUCACCCACUGGCGAACCCGUUUGGACCUGCUAGCCCAAGCCUUGAAACUGUGGCUCUUGAUCCUAUCCUGGUUGUAUCAGGAAGCUAUGAUAUACUAAAGACCAGGAUUGAAGAUUACAAAAGAAGAUUGAAAGAGUGGGGAAAGAAAAUAGAGUAUGAUGAAUUCGAGGGAGUGGAUCAUGUAUUCCAUUUAGACAAUCCCGACUCUGAAGCAUCAAAGAAGAUGAUGGAAGACAUCAAAAGAUUCAUUACUGAAAACUCCAGCAACUAGAGCUGAGUUGCACUUGCCGCACACAUCUGUUUCACUAGUGUCAUCAUAUUUAUUGCAAAAAAAAGCGUCUAUGCUCUUUAAAAAUUUUCCUUUCUUGUUCCAAUAGUGAGGAUCUA